UGAAUAUCCGCACAUCUUUGUUUGGGCCCAACUUGAAACUUCGCCGCUCCCUUACGUUAUUGUGCAAGGCGAGGCCACCCUGUCACAACUUUGUUAUUUACAAAUUUCAACGAGGAGCAACUUUUGUCUAUGUUCUAUUCUAUGCUACUAUAUAUUAAACUUUUAAACAGUCCCAAUAUUCAUUCAUUCUUUCCAUAACCGAACCUUUGCUAUUGUCUGCCAUGGGAGAAGAAGUGUCCUACAAAACCGAACCAGAGUCAGAGCUACACUCUGUUCCCCAAGAGCAUAAUUCCUCUGCUCAGGAAAAAGAAUUGGAGAAACCUGAACCUCCAAACGACAAGGUCACUCCUCCUUCUCCAGUUGCUGCUCAAGAGGUUGCAGAUCAUGCUAGUAAAAAGGAUACAGAGGAGUCAGUCGACAAAGGUCAUUCUCUGAUAAAUAAGUUAAAGUUAUUGAAAGUUCAAGAGAAACGUAACAUUUUCCAUAUUGUUUUACCAGAUGCUAUGCUUGCAAAAGUUUUAACGGAGAAAAGAUUGGCUUUAAUCAAAGCAUGGGAAGAAAGUGAAAAGACAAAAGCAGAGAACAGGGCAUACAAGAAGCACUCUGCUGUUGGAUUGUGGGAGGAUAGCAAGAAAGCAUCCGUAGAGGCACAACUCAAGAAAAUUGAGGAAAGCAUGGAAAAAAAGAAGGCCGAAUAUGUUGAAAAAAUGAAGAAUAAAAUUGCUGAAAUCCACCGGUUAGCAGAAGAGAAAAAAGCAAUUGUUGAGGCUCAGAAAAGGGAAGAAUUUAUCGACCUAGAGGAGACUGCUUCAAAGUUUCGUAGCCGUGGAGAUGUGCCAAGGAAAUUUUUUGCAUGCUUUGGUGGCUAAGCUUUUACAUGAAUAUCGGGGACCAAAUUCUCGCUGGAUUUGUUAUAUGUUGUUACAUAUACAUUUAAAUUUUGCUUGGUGUGUUGUUUUUUCCUAUAUGCUAUUUGAAUCAAAUCUCAACAGUUGAUUUGAAGUGCACAAAUUUCUGUAUAAAUAAGUGAAGAAAUUUUGUCUACAUACUUAUAAUUGUUCUAUAUUGACUAUUAAAAAAAUGACUAGCAACAUAUUUUUUAA